AUACUUCAUUACGACACAAACAGUGAUAAACAAACAAUUUAAUACCUGCCAAGUGUUCAUUAUCACUGUAAAUGUACCAAUGUACACCGAUAACGCAUCGUCAAUAAUUAAAUUCUGUUAUAUUCCGUGAUACCACAAUCAGUCAUUGUGCCGCGUACUGCGAGAGAAGAUGGCCGCGCAAGAUUACAAACUUUUCGAGAAUGUUUUCAUCGAAACGAACCUCCAAUCCAGUGACUACGAUGCUGUUAUACUCAUCGUUUAUCCUGAUGAGUUGAAGGUGGACUUGCCGAGACACGUCAGGAGUUACGUGAACGACAUCACCAAGUUAGAUAAGCACGUUCAAAAAGUAGCUACCGUGUGGAACUGCGAAUAUGUGUCUGGUGGUAGACUCGUGUUGUCACCUACAGGUAAAAUCACUCCUUAUCACGACGUGGUAGUACUGAAAGAAGCAGCAAAGAAAGGAGUUCUGAGAGCGCUUGACGCAGGCGCUAAAUGCCCUUUGCUAGUCGUUCAGAAUGUCGUCGACUUCCCUGAUGGACAAUUGGUCGCUAUACUCGGAGCUUUAGAAGCGCUGUACGUCCCUUUGCAGCUAAGAGAACGUGAAGGCACCAAGAACUGCACAAAAAUAGGAUUCCACGCCGAAGAGAAGGUCACCAAGGAGUUCGAAAAGGUAGUGAGGAACGCCAUCGGGCUGGAGAGAGCGAGGAUCCUCACCAGAGACAUCGGCGGUGCGGAUCCGGAGAGAAUGACUCCUGCUAGGAUCGUCGAAUACGUGAAAGCGUCAUUCGCUGACGACAUCUACAUUAAAGUGAACGUUAUAGACAACGAGGAAGUUAUAGCGAAGGAAUAUCCUCUUUUAGCCGCUGUCUCUAGAGCGGCUAAUCGCGUGGACAGACACAAACCGAGAGUGGUGGAAAUAGUUUACAUACCGUCCGACAUUGCCAGAGUUUCGGAGACCUUAAUGUUGGUCGGGAAAGGAGUGACUUACGACACUGGAGGCGCCGAUAUCAAGACAGCUGGUAAAAUGGCCGGCAUGUCCCGAGACAAGUGCGGUGCGGCAGCUGUCGCUGGCUUCCUGAAAGCUUGCUCAAUAUUGAAACCUAGCCAUCUGAAGGUCGUAGGUGUGAUGUGUCUUUGCCGAAAUUCCGUUGGCGAAGAUUCGUAUGUUCAAGACGAGCUGCUCUUGUCACGCAGUGGCAAAACUGUGAGAGUAACAAACACGGACGCGGAAGGGAGAUUCGCAAUGGCGGAUUCGCUUUACAAAAUGGCUGAGCAGGCCGGCGCUGAAUUAAACCCCCACAUUUAUACCAUAGCCACGCUGACUGGCCACGCGAAGCUCUGUUACGGUGACUAUUCCGCAGCUAUGGACAACCAUAGCGCUAGAGCGAGUAAUCAUUCUAAUAGACUACAAUUCAGUGGGUCUAGGAUUGGGGAGGGCAUCGAAGUGUCUGUGGUUAGACAAGAAGAUCUGGCUGUUAAUAUUGGAAAGUGUAAAGGGGACGAUCUUCUGCAAAUCGAUGUGGAAGCUAAGGGACGAAACCAUCAGCUCGCUGCAGGCUUUCUGAUUAAAGUAGGAGGUUUGGAGGACAAGAAUGUGAAGUACACACAUUUGGAUAUCGCCGGUGGAGCUGGUAUGCCGCCUCAGGAGCCGACUGCUGCGCCGAUUCUGUCUUUGUGCCAUGCGCAUAAGAACCUACCUUAUGACAUCGACAGCGUAUUGCACUUCAGCGAGAGGGACUACAGCAAGAAUGGACAUAGGACGAUCAUGAUUAAGAAGAUAGAUAUAGUAUACGGUCCUGAAUGUCGAGCGAGAGAUCGCCAAGAGAAGAUAGAGCUAUGUCAAAACUACCCUGGAGUAGCUAGAAGGAAAAGAGAAGUAACGGUUGAAGUAGCAGAAGAUACUAACUUGAGAGUGAAUCGCGAUAUAACACCACCACCCACUCCGUCUGUAGAUGAACGCAUCAAAGACUUGGCCAUUGAAAAAGAAAUGCAAGAUGCUAUCGAGCAAAUAUAUAAAGUGUCCGCAAAAGCAUUGACCGUAGCCCGCGGAGUUUACUGCAAUCAAAGUGAACCAAAUCCCAAAGUUAAGGACGCCAAUGACGUUCAAAAUAAACCCGAUAUCCUUAACAUAAUCGCAACCAUAACAGAAUACGUUAAAUCAAUGGUAGAUAAAGCGGUUGGAAACAUGCCGGAAUUCUGUAAGGCUUCCGAAAACAUAGAGGUUUACCAAAGAAAUCACCUCGGCAAAUGUCCUUUCUACGGCGGAUAUCCUUGCCCGAAGAAUUACAGAUCAACUAAGUCUGGCGCAGUUAAAUAUUCAACACACCACAGACCAGCAUAUUACCAAUCUACUAAAAACAAAGGAAAUCCAUACGUGCCUAAACAAUUUGUGCAUUGGCGAGCUUCUGGUAACGCUACGGCCAAUUCUACGGAUAAAAACGCCGAGAGGCAAGGUUCUUUAGAUGAACAUACAAUUACAACAGUCAAAAUGGAUAAGGUUAAAGACGUAGCAGAUGCAAGAAAGCACAAAGAUAUUGGGGAUCAUACAACAGUGUACCGUACUAAAGAAACAGGAAUAGAAAUAGACGUUAUUCACGAUAGAAAAAAACGUGACACAGAUGACGAAGGCAAAAGAGUAGAGGUUAGGAAUAGUGAUGAGUUACAUGAGAAAGUGAAGGCAUUAGAAAAUGAUGGGAGUGUUCAUGCUAAGGAUAUACCGAAGAGGACUUCAAGGUGGGAGCACAGGCGAAAAUUCCAGUAA